AAGGCAACGCGGAGUCAGUGUGACGAAGUGCGUCGUGCGCAGCGGCAGCGUUUCCCCCCCUUGGAAAAUAAUUACACAGACGAAACGUAGAAGAAAACCCGUGUAACUGUGUAAGUGAGUGUGCGUGCUCGGUAAAAGAUACAGAUACAGAUACAGAUACAUUUGAAGCAACAACUACAAAGACAGAUACCUCGUACAACUGUAUCUACACAUGCAGGGGAAAAAACAUGCAUUUAAAGUGAAAAUUUCAAGAGUCUAAUUAAGAAGAGUAAAACGAAACACAAAAGAAAACAACAAACCAAGAAAACCCCAAGGAAUAACUGAAGGAAAACUAAAAUGGAAAACAUUCAAGUGGCAGACGAGCAGAAACCCGAUGCAGGAGGAGACCCGAACAGCAGCAGCAGCAGCAGCAGCAACAGCUCCACAACAUCAUCCCAGCCAGCGAAUCCUGGCGAGGAAUGCGGCUGUGUGCGCCUGGGCAAAUGCAAAUGGUUCAAUGUGGCCAAGGGCUGGGGCUUCCUAACCCCCAACGAUGGGGGCCAAGAGGUCUUCGUGCAUCAGAGUGUCAUCAAGAUGUCUGGAUUUCGUUCGCUUGGCGAGCAAGAGGAGGUGGAGUUCGAGUGCCAUCGCACGGCCCGCGGCCUGGAGGCCACCAGGGUGUCGGGUCGCUCGGGGGACGAGUGCCACGGCAGCACCUACCGACCACGCAUCAAUCGUCGAACUCGCCGCAUGCGCUGCUAUAAUUGCGGCGAAUUCGCCAAUCAUAUCGCCUCCGAGUGCGCUCUGGGGCCGCAGCCGAAGCGCUGCCAUCGGUGCCGCGGCGAGGACCAUCUCCACGCCGAUUGCCCCCAUCGGAAUGUGGUGAGUCCUGCCCCAAAAGGGAGUCCUGCCCCGCUCGAAGCUCACGCCACAUCCACAUCUCUCUUGUCGCAGACACAAACCAGCAGCAGCAAAAGCCUGGAGGACACGGAGCAAGCCCCCGAAGGGUGAGAGAGAGCUAGGUAGGGCCUAGUGGGGUGUCACAGGAAGUUACAAACUUCUUUGAAGAGUACAAAAAAUGCAAAAUUGAGCGAGAAACGGAAGGAAAGGAGACAGAACGGAGAAACGCAUCAAAUCAAAGAAACCCAACGUACAACACACACAACACAAGGAAAUCUAUCUACACGUUUAAGUGCAGUAAUUUUUUUUUCAUAUGCGAAUUUAGAUAUUAUACAAGAGACGGGGAACGAAGGAAUCCUUCCCCCCCAAUCCUAAGCCUAAACCUAAUCCUAAACGUAACUGUAUCUACCUCUAAUUAUCCUGUAAGUUUUUAGUUCUAUGAGGUUUUCCAUUAAACGAAUUCUAGAUCUAUAAAGAUAGGGCAUUCGUCAGUCUA